AUGAAAUCGCCUUCAAGCUUCAAGCUUCUUCAGCUUUUGAUCUUCGGAAGUGGUAAGCAUCUCCCUGCUUCUGUUUUCAUGCUUUAUUUCGUUAAAGAACCGAAGCAACAAGGAUUCAUCUGUGCAUUCCCCGUUUGGCCUGCGUGGUUACCAAAUUCCGGUCAUCCGCAGCUGGGAAAGGGAGGAUCAAAGCUAGACUCAUGGCAACUCUUUGACGUUUAUGCUUCGACGGGAUGGUCAGGCAAGUUCUGGGGGCGCCCCAAUUGUCAGUUUGACACAGUUCUAGGCACAGGCUGCUGCGAAACAGGAGAUUGUUCAAACGCAAUCGGAUGCAAUAGCACUUAUUCGCCCCCGGCCACCACAGUCGAGUUCAAGCUCCAUCGCGAUUUCAUCGACGAGUACAGCGUCUCUCUGGUCGAAGGCUACAACUUGGCGGUGAAAGUUUCAAGCAGCAAUCCGGUUUGCCUCAGUGGUGGCUGCAGCUGCGACUUGAAUUCGCGGUGUCCUUCGGAGCUGCUGGUUUGGAAUUCGAGGGGAACUCCAGUUGCUUGCAACAGUCCUUGCUUAGCGUUUGGCGCUGAUGAGUUUUGCUGCGAGGAUGAGUUCUUGGGAGGAUAAAUGCCAUCCAAAUCAGUUCAGUUUGCUGUUCAAGGAGUGUUGUCCUCAGGCAAAGACUUACCCGUUUGAUGAUACUAAUGUUCCGCUGUUUUGCACUGCAGGGUC